AUGCACUCGGAACACGUUGCCGGUUUUAAAAACUUUCUUGGUUGGAAAUCACUUCCUGGAAUUCUUCACAUAACGUUACCAGUUGCUCCAGUAUACGUUGCCAUUCUUGUGCUCAGAAAACUCACCAUUUCGAAACUUAGCCGUGGCAUGGUAAUGUCAGCGAGCAAUCGACGUCUUCACUCACAAUUGCUGAAGGCGCUCACGAUCCAAGCCUGCUUACCCAUUUUAUUCCUACUUGCCGUCAUCGUGUAUGCCGUUGAGCAGUUGGACAUCUAUCAUCAUCCAGCUCUUGAAUUUUCCAUAUUCAUGAUGAGCAGUUUAAUUCCGAUGUUGAGUCCUCUCACAUCGCUUGUUUUCAUUCGUCCUUACAAUGUUUGGAUCAAAAAGAAGCUUCUACGCCGACCCAAUAUGUUCUCCAGCACCAAGAUAUCGACAAUCACGUCAAAGGCCAGGAUAAGUGACCCAAAUGUGGAGCUCUAA